AUUUUUCUAUCGAAUCGUAUUUCUAGUAAAGAAAGUUAUAAGAUCACAAAAAUGGUCGAAAAUGACGUCACGCGAUUCGUUUAUAAGAAAUAUUCGAGCUCUCAUUUUCAUUAUCCCGAAAUCAUUUGCGUUGAAUUUACGUAUUUUCUGUAAUAUAUGAAAAUACUAUUUCAUUAAAGAUUUUCAAUAUGAAAAAAGUUUUGACAGCAGUUAUUUAUUAUAUAGUUUUAAACGUAUCUGUGUCAAUCGGAAGAUUAAUUGACACGAACUCGAGUUGUUCCUCAAUCGAACAAUAUUUGGACUCAGAUGGUAAUUGUCUUCCUUGCACAAAAUGUUUUCCAAAUGGAUGCGUCGAAAUGCCUUGCAGCCAAAAUGUCGAUACCAUUUGUAGACCCGUGAAGGAAAACGAAUAUAUAGAGCCUUUAUUUAAAACCUGUGUUUUCUGUUCAGAUUGUUUUCCUAACGGACAAAUAAUUUCAAAUUGUUCCACAUUUUUCGAUACUCUUUGUAGUUACACAAGCGAGCCCGAUGUAAACGGAAAAAAGUAUUCAAAUGUAGAACAACUGUCGUACAAAUGGAUAUCAAUUUCUCAAGCAAUUGUUGCAUUGAACGUCGUUAUUCUCUUCUGUGUUUUGAUGUUAGAGAUAGUUAAGAAUAGAAAUAGAAAAAACAGAAUUCCAUCAGACUGUCAACCAUUACACGAAGAUGCAUCAACUGAUUGAAGAAAAUUUAAAGCCGAUUAAUUCGAUAGACAGGAGAAUGCGAAAUCUUCAUCAAAACACAUUUGAAAACAUAUUGUUUCUAAAGAACCAUGAAAACAAUGGACACGAAAAUUUAUUUAAGAAAUAUCUGAACGCAUGUUUGACGAAAUCAUUGGAAAACGAAUAUUUUCCAGAUGAAUUUAAAGCAAAUUCAUUUAGUGUAUAUAGCAGUUACAUCAUUUUCCAGGAUGAAUCAGAAUACCUAAAAAAUGUAGCAAUUCAUCGAAAAUAUUUUACAUCCAGCGUUCAUUUAAAUUAUGAAAUAGAAAAUAGUAAUUGCGUAGAGAUGGUGUGGAACAUUCACUGCAACGGCUGCUUUCCCAGUUUGAAGGGUUUGUUUUAUCCGGGCCAGGUUGUGAUAUCAAAAUUAAUUGAUUUAUAUUUCAAAAAUUGUAUAACAAUUUGUAACACAUUGAACGACAUUUAUGACGAAAGUCGUAACGAACUCCACAUUGGAUUUAAUAUUUUUCAUUCUUUUUCCCGGGAAAAUAUAAUAAAAGAUUUGAUAUUGGUGACUUUUCUACAAAUGCGUACGAAAUCGAAUGUUAUAUCGUACGCAAUAUUACAUUGUUUAGAUUUCCAUGAAAUGGUACACGAAUAUGAUUGUCAUAAAUAUAACUCGUAUGACUAUUUAUUUUCAGUUCUUAUGGUUUAUUUCAUUAGAAUAUUGUCGUUGUAUAAUUGGAUCAACAUAAGCAAAAAGGCGUCUAAAGCGUUUACAUUGUUUUCAUUUUUUCACGCUCAAGCUGAAGAUGUGCAACCCUCACACGAAAAUAAAUUAGCCGGAUCAAUCAAUUUUUACGACAUAAAACAAUAUUGGAUAGAUAUUUUGUCGCAAAUGGGAGAGAUUUCUAGGGAAUUUCAAAUUGCUAAAAAAUCAUAUCAAAAGCAAAGGUUGUGGGCGUUAUUUUUUAUUGAUAAAAGAUUUUUUAAACGACCUAUUGCAUUUAACGAAAUCGUUUCCAAUAGAAUUGAGAAAAUUUGUGAUAAAUCUCGAUGUCUAUAGAAAGCAGCUAUUCGGAGUUAUUAAAAGAACUAAACGAAAUUGGUUUCUAUUAUCCCUUUGCUACUUUUAAAGAUUGCAGCAAUGUAUUAAAAUCGAAGAGGAAUGGAACUUUUUUGGUCCGAAAUAGCGCACACCCAUCGUAUUUAUUUACGGUGAUGAUCAAAACAGAAAACGGAAUCAAAAAUAUAAGAUGUGAAUGUAAAAAUGGAUAUUUUUUCUUCUGUGGUCAUACUCUUACUUUUGAUAAAUGUGUUGUAGGAUUGAUAUCGAAAUAUAUGAUUCAAAAUCAUUCUCGUGAAGAUUCAGAAGAUUAUGCAAUUCCCUUGUUACACCCGCUUAUUCUAAAAGAAGGAAUAUCGUCGAACGAAAACUUCUAUUUAGAGUAGAUGUGAAUGAUUCUUUCUCUAAAGAAAUCGU